UUUCUCUCUGUGACCCUCUUUGUCUCUUUCUAACAGAACAUCAAAAUAAGGUAUCACUAGACAUCUUAGAUUUCAUCGAAUGUUGUUCAUCUUCUUCUUCUUUAAUUUUGCUUUAAAAGUCCUUAAUUAGAUGUUAUCCCCUUUGCUGGGUUUCGCCAUUUUCGUACGGGAAGGAGGUAAUUUGGUGAUGGCAAAGGGUACGGAGAAGGUAGAAGAUGGACCUACUGCUUGAAUUUUGGCGGGCAAAAACGGUCGCUUUCAAUGAUUUUUUUGUCCAGUUCUGUGAGAGAGAGAGAGAGAGAAAGGAGUUGAAGCCAAAGAAACUCAGAUUGCUGUCAGGAUUUAGGUUUCUGGAGCUCAAGGAGAUCACAGAUCUUUUAUUCAUAUGAAGAGAUCUUUCCUUCUCCUGUAUGUGCUCCUAGUACAGGCAUUAUAUGGAGCUUGGUGUUGUGUUGGAGGAAGCCUGCAUUGUGAAUAUUCCAAUUCAGCGAGUCUUCACAGGCCACACAGCGUAUCGAUUACAGAGUUUGGAGCUGUUGGAGAUGGCGUCACUUUAAACACUAAAGCCUUUCAGAAUGCUUUGUUCUACCUCAAUUCUUUCUCUGAUAAAGGUGGUGCCAAGCUUUUUGUUCCCGCUGGUCAGUGGCUAACCGGGAGUUUCGACCUUAUCAGUCACCUAACGUUAUGGCUAGACAAGGGUGCAACGAUUCUCGGGUCAACGAGCUCGGAGAAUUGGCCUGUGGUUGAUCCAUUACCAUCAUAUGGACGAGGAAGAGAAUUGCCAGGUAGAAGGCAUAGGAGUCUUAUAUAUGGUCAGAAUCUCACAGAUGUAGUCAUAACAGGCGAAAACGGGACAAUUGAUGGUCAAGGAAGUAUAUGGUGGGAUUGGUUUAGAAAUGGAGAGCUAAACUAUACAAGACCUCAUCUUGUUGAGCUCAUGAACUCUACUGGUCUGGUCAUCUCCAACCUCACAUUCUUGAAUUCGCCAUUUUGGAACAUCCAUCCUGUUUAUUGCAGAGAUGUUGUUGUAAAGAAUCUCACAAUCUUGGCUCCUCUUGAAUCUCCAAAUACAGACGGAGUUGAUCCAGACUCAUCAACGAAUGUUUGCAUAGAGGAUUGUUACAUAGUAACCGGAGAUGAUUUGGUAUCGAUAAAAAGCGGAUGGGAUGAGUACGGAAUAUCGUACGCAAGACCGAGCUCCAAGAUCAAGAUCAAUCGGUUGAGUGGUCAAACUAGUUCGAGCUCAGGAAUAGCCAUCGGAAGCGAAAUGUCAGGAGGUGUGUCUGAGAUCUAUAUCAAAGAUUUACAUUUAUUCAAUUCCAACACUGGAAUCAGAAUCAAGACUUCUCCUGGAAGAGGAGGGUAUGUCAGAAACGUUCACAUAUCGAACGUGAAGCUCGAUAAUGUGCAGAAAGGGAUUAGAUUCACCGGUACGUAUGGUGAACAUCCUGACGAAAAGUUUGAUCCUAUAGCACUUCCGGUUAUCGAGAAAAUCACCAUUGAGAAUGUUAAUGGCGAAGAUAUAGGUGUUGCGGGUCUUCUUGAAGGUAUAGAAGGAGAUGUGUUUAAGAAUAUAUGUUUCCUUAAUGUUACUCUUACAGUGAAGAAGAAUUCCAAGAGAUCUCCGUGGAAAUGCUCGAAUGUUAGAGGCUAUUCACAGUGGGUUUCGCCGGAAAUUGCUUGUGAUUCUUUUAAAGAGAGCAUCUUCCCGGAGCAUAGCUCUGAUUGUUUUGGGUUAUCAGAGAAUAAACUGGAGGAAUCAAGCGGUUUUAGUAAAUCACCAUGGUUGCUUUCUUGGUAAGUUACUGAAGUUUUGAAGAUGCAAGGGCAAACACAGUUUGCUUGAUUGUGAAGAAACCUCUUUUAAGUUUCCUUCCAAUUUUCCUCUGAGGUUUCGUUUUUCAAGAGUGGUGCUUUUUGUUCUUUCUUUCUUUCUUUUUGCUGUUGUUCUUGUAAAUUUUGUGCAGUGAGGAAAAUAAUCAGAGUGGCUUAAGAGGUU